CCUUUCUGGCCAUCUUGUUUGACACCCCCUCAAAGCGAACCCGGACGAAAACAUGAUAUGAUGUCAAUGGGCGCUCCCACCCUGGAAAACAUCGUGAACAUGUCCCCCCCACUCUGACCACCCGGAAUCCUCCUUUGUCGCCUCCUAUCCGGACACUUCUACUGGUUCUCUCGAUUUGCCUUGGUAUUGAAGGAUCAGAAUGGAGCGAGGAAUCAUCUGGACAUGGUGGUAAACGAAAACGAAACCCCAAAACAUCCCACUUUUUCUGGCCUCAGGCAGGCCUUGUCCACGGACAUAAAUACUGCGUUCUCAGCGCCAUACUCGAGAAUCUCUUCCUACCAGAAUCUCACUCACAAGUCUUUAAACCACUACCUGAUCCAAAGCCUCUCUACCUCUUCCCUUUUCAAAAAACCACUCUCCACCGCAAAUCAAGAUGUCUCCCUGCUCUUGCAACUGCUGUUCUGGCGACUGCAGCUCCUGCUCCUGCGGCUCCUGCAGCGUAAGUCCCUCUCUCCAGGGUCUGGAAAAGCGUUCGAUAGCACUAAAUUACCCUCCUGCCGGGUUGUCUUCUGCCCUUGUUACACGUCACCUCUGUUGAGAAUAUAUUCAGCCCUAAAUACGACACAUACAUCCUUUCCGGACCCAAGCUGCCGCCCCCAACGUUGCGAUCAGGGUGCGAGUUAGAAAGCAUUUAGCCGACAACGGAGGAUCAGUCAAUUAUAAUGAACGCCUAACUAGCAGGAGAACAAAAGAAUGGGGAUUAAUCGCGAUGGCACAUGUCUUGUUUCUAGGCUGUAUCUGGCCGACCGAGUCGCU